GGAUCCUGCUGCUGCUUCGGAGUCGAGCAACAAUCAGGCUGAGGCAAACACGAGGUAAGAACUGGAAGUUUGCAGGGCUGAUAUAGGAUGUAGACGCAAAUGAGCAGAAGUAAAGAGAGUAACUGUGGUCACAGAGAAAUGCACGAUUCACAAAUGAAGAGAGAGGAGGGCGACAAGAAGGAGAAGGCAGAAGAGGAGGUGGUGCACCUUCGGAGGGAGAUCAGCCUGCUGCCUGCCGUGUCCUUCAUCAUCGGCACGGUGGUGGGCAGUGGGAUCUUCAUCGCGCCCAAGGGGGUCCUGAUGAACAGUGGCAGCGUGGGGCUCUCUCUGCUGGUGUGGGCGCUGUGUGGGGUCCUGUCCUUGUUUGGGGCCCUGUGCUAUGCUGAACUGGGCACCAGCUUUACAAAAUCAGGAGGCCACUACACUUACUUACUGGAGACACUGGGGCCGCUGCCAGCCUUUUUACGACUCUGGGUUGAAUUCUUAUUCAUCAGGCCGGCUGUGGCUUCCUAUGUGUCCCUGGCUUUCGGACGCUAUGUGGUGGAGCCGUUCUUUGCACCUUGCGCUGCUCCCACGGCGCUAAUCAAGCUCGUCAGCGUCAUCGGCCUGACGUUUAUCGUGGCAGUCAACUGCUGGAGUGUGACCAUGGCCUCUCGCACUCAGGUCACCUUGACCUUCAUCAAGACGUUUGCUCUGGUCCUCAUCAUCAUCCCUGGUGUCAUCGCUCUGGCCAAAGGUAAAACAGAGAAUUUCCAGAAUGGCUUCGAGGUCGACUCUUUAACAUUGGAUAGGUUGCCACUGGCCUUCUAUAAUGGCCUGUACGCCUACGGUGGAUGGUUUUACCUGAACUUUGUCACAGAAGAAGUCAUAAACCCUAACAGAACCAUCCCGCUGGCCAUAAUCUGCUCCAUGGUGACGGUGACAGUCUUUUACGUGCUUGUUAACGUGGCCUACUACACCAUGAUGACCCCGGCCGAGCUGCUCCUGUCUGACGCUGUGGCCGUGACGUUCGCAAACCGCGCUCUCCAGGGACUGGCAUCCGUGAUUCCCAUUCUUGUGGCUCUGUCCUGCCUUGGAGCGCUUAACGGCGGCUUCUUCGGGGCACCCAGGAUGCUGUUUGUGGGAGCCAGGGAGGGUCACUGGCCUCCAAUCUUUUCCAUGAUUCACAUCCGCAGACAAACACCUUUGCCAGCUGUGCUGCUCCUGUACCCCUUGGUGGUGCUGAUGUUAAUCACCGGAGAGAUCUACCAGCUCAUCAACUUUGCCUCCUUUGCCCGCUGGUUCUUCAUCGCCUUGGCGACCUUGGGGAUGCUCAUCCAUCGAUAUCGCUUCCCCCUCCACCCAAGACCUUUCAAGGUGCCCCUGGCCAUCGCCGUCACCUUCACCGUGGUUUGCUUCUUCAUCGUGGGUCUGUCUCUGUACUCGGACCCCUGGAACACAGGGCGGAGCUGCGCCCUCACGCUGACCGGGGUCCCUGUUUACUACGUGACCGUCGCCCGGUUUCGCCUGCCCAAUCGAUGGAGACGCAUCUUCAACUACUGCAGCAAGCAGCUGCAGAUCCUUCUGGAAGUGGCUCAACAGGAAGUCCAGACAUACUGAAGACCCCUCCUCCUACAGACUCCCUGGAAUCCACCUCAACAACUCUGACAACCCUUUUUCAUUUACACUUUAAACCGGUGUGUCCAUUUUGAUACCGAGGUGCGAGAAGCAACUAUGCUGGCAACAGGUGGCAUAUCUGACUGCUGUGUAGAAUUCUUAGAAAAUAGGAUUUUAAGACUUAAGCUUAUGUUGGGUAUUUCUGCACUGGAAUAGAAGGUAAUUUUAUCUAUCACUAUCAUUUCUAAUGAACAUCUGAAGUUCUGCUCUGCUCAUUUUUUACAAAGUUCUGUUAGAAUCAAUAAAGUCAUUUUUGAAUCAGAGACAAUCUGUCAAUGGUUUCAACGUUUAUUCACAUAUAAAUAAAA